AUGUACCGCCGUUUUUUUGUUAUUCUUCUCGUGUUCUUGCUAGUAUCGCCGUCCCAACAAAACGGCCUUCAUGAUGACUGUGUUCUCUUAAUUAAUACUGUGGGUAAAAGACUAUGGGACUUUAGUCGCGAAGGAUUUACUAAAUGGGCCAAGGGAAAAAUCAAGAAGUUUGAAGAACUCGUAAGUAAAAAUUCGUAACACGAGCAGUCCGUGAGUUUUUAGCAUCACCCAUGCACCUCGGAGAUAGCAAAAUGUCUCAGAAAACAACUUGGAAACAACUCGACAUACGUGAUUACUGCCGACGGAUGUUGCAAUGAUUGUUCGAACAACUGA